AUGCCUUCGUACUUCCGGUAUAUAUUGCGGGAAAGUUAAUCUAGCGAGAAUCCCAUUUAGUUGGAGUACACUACAAAACAGGCUAUUUCUCAUUAAAUUUAAAGUUAGCUCGUAUAUUAGAACCAGAUGUCGAGAACAUUAGAAGAGGUGCAGGCGACCAUACAAAUCGCCAAACUAAAAGAGAAUGAUUUGCAUAACACAAGUCACUGUUUGACUUUUGGAGAAAGCGUCUCGUCCGGAGACUACUGCCUGAUGGAACUGGAUGACACGCUCUGUAAACACAUAGAAGCAGGAAAGAGCCUGGUUAUCAGAGGAGACCAGGAUGAGAGAGCUGUCCUGUGCAGUGAAGACAAGACUUAUGACCUGAAGAUAGCCGACACCUCAAACCUCCUGCUGUUAGUGCCUGGCUGCCUGACUCCAGAUCAGCUGACGACUGACAACCAGGCCAGCUCUCAGCUGGUCCAUGCACAGAUUUGGGGCUUUUCUAACAGUUACUGGGAGUUGAGAAAGCGCCAUCCCAAACUAAAGAAGCUGAAGAGACUUCUGAUGGAGAAUCCAUACGAGGGCCCAGGUAUCAGUGGGCAGGAGGAUGUCACGGAGGGGAAGUACACUAUGGGAGACCUGCUUGAAAGAAUCCAAGCAAGUGAGGAGGAACUGGAGGCCCAACUACAAACUAUUCAUGCCUGUGAUGUCAACGGCUACUGGAGACUGUUGGAUUUUGACUAUGAGAUGAAACUACUGGGUCACAUCACUCAGCUGGUGGACUCUGAGUCCUGGUCCUUCAGUAAAGUCCCUCUACGUGUCAGUCUGGAGGAGUUAGGACGUCUGGAGCCACAGGAGAUGAUAGAGCACAGCUUCAACUGUUAUGGAAGGCGCUACACGGACAACGAUGAGGUGUUCUUUGCGCUGAACGAGGACAAGGUGUGCAGAGCCACAGCUCAGAUGCUGCUGCAGAACGCAGCGAAGUUCAACCUGGCAGAGUUCCAGGAGGUGUGGCAGCAAAGUGUCCCAGACGGGAUGGGCACUAGACUGGACCAGCUGAAGGUGAGGAUGGGGUCAGACUGGCAGCUCAGAGGGAUGGGCACUAGACUGGACCAGCUGAAGGUGAGGAUGGGGUCAGACUGGCAGCUCAGAGGGAUGGGCACUAGACUGGACCAGCUGAAGGUGAGGAUGGGGUCAGACUGGCAGCUCAGAGGGAUGGGCACUAGACUGGACCAGCUGAAGAGUCUAGCCCUUGUGGACCGCAGCUCCAAACCAGAGACCAUAUCUCUGCUGAGAGUGGAAGAUCUUCCCGAGGACACACUGGAGAGAUUCACCCACCUCUUCACCAUGAGACAGAAGUGGACCGAGGAGGACAUCACCCCUUACAUACAGGACUUGUGUGGAGAAAAGCAAACAACUGGAGCUCUUCUUACCAAAUACGCUCGUUUGUCCACGCAAAACGGAAUGAAAGUCUUCAAUUCAAGAAGGCUAGUGGCAACAUGAAGACGAUUGGAUAUCUUAAUUGACGAGCAAAGUUGUUUGGAAUCAGUGUAUUGUUGUAUUUGUUAAAAUGUUAUAAUAAGAAUCUAAUGUUUUUGUAA